AUGAAUGAGUGCCAAUGGUUUAGAUCGUCCGAUGAUCCAUCUCAUAUGAAGAUCAAGGUGAAAUUGAGCAAGCUAAUGGACGGAAAAGUUAAUUCGACUAGUCCAUUAUCACCGGAUCGGAAUACCGUUUCUAUAGGGACGUUUGCUCCCAUCACUGAAAUCACUGUGGGAUGGCAGUCAAAAGUAUUCUCUCCCAGUGAGAUACUACAAUAUAGUCAUUUGCGGCCCAAUGCUACUCCCACAGAGCAAAGAUACCAUGCAGAGAUUUCAAAGAUGAGAACUGAUGAGAACUCGGCCUACGCACGGCUUCUUGCAUCAGGAACGACUGCAGAUGCUCCAACCUGUCUCUUUACACACAUUGACGAGGAUCACUUUGUGGAUGCAGACGAUCUCGCAAAGGGCAUGACUACUGCUCCUCGUGAAACCAUGACUUCUAUGGCUCAUCAUAUACUAGCCAACCGGCUCAAGUCUCACGAUAUCGCUAGAGCGGCAGAACCUUCAUCUGCAUCGCAUCCUAUUGUAAUGAGAAAUCCCCGGGAGUCUAUUGACAUUCCUUACAAGGAGAUGCACAUUAUGGCCUUCUUACGAUUAGAACAACCAGACAUAAACAGCACGUCCAGACAUAUACUUUGGAACCGGCUAGGUCCAAACGGCCCACAGCCUGGUGACAAUCUUCAUACGCCCGGACUAGCAUCUAAAAUAACACACAAGUUUGAGGUUGAUCGACGAACAUACGAAUACACGAUAGAAAACGCAUCCCAAGUGCUAACUCCUGCCGAGGAAGAUGCUGAAUAUCGGCUGCAUUACGAAUAUGAUCGCAAACGAUUAAAAACAAGAUCAACAGUCAUUGGAAAUGAUUUCGCGGAUAUUGUCAGCCCUCAAAACACACGAGUGACACUAUUUGGCGAGAUUGUCUCAGCUCUCGGUUUCGGGAACAAGGAUUUGUUCAUACAGUAUCUCAUCGAGUUUCCAAAUCAAUGGACCUGUGAUGAUCUGCCGGACCAAACCUUGACGGGAUUCACUCAGGACUGUCGUCCAACAUUUGAUGCUACGAAAAAGAUGUACAAGGCUGCGUUUUCGUUUCCUAUGGAAGCUGUUUCGGUGUAUCAAGGACUUGAACCGUCCGAUACAGCGGCACCGAGGCUGUUACUCCAAGUGACAUCUACAGACUUUUGGGAUCGCACAAACGUGGAAGGUUAUGGUCUUGCGACGAUUCCGUCUACUCCAGGCUGUUACGACAUUGAGGUUCCUACAUGGCGUCCAGUAGGAACAUUCAUAAGUGAAAUGCGCCGCUUCUUUAUUGGAGGUGGUGCAGAGUUUGAGGAUAUAGCAGAUCAGUCCAAGAUGACUCAGGAUAAACGUCGAGUGAAUCUGUACGGUCUACAAACACAAUCUGCUGGAGUAGUUCAAGUGCGACUCAAUGUCGUCUCUCAGACUAGUAUUACGACGUCUCGAAGCAUAGCACUUCCUCCAGAACCCGUAAGUGCUACUCGUGGAGACCUCAGAGCAAUGUCUGCCGCCCUCCAACGAGCAAGACAAAGGCUAGAGGCUUUGAGAAACAAGGAACUCUAA